GCCGACUGAACUUCAUGGCUUCCACCUCAUCCCCCUCAUUCAACCUCAUUGCGACCGCGGUCAGUGUCUCACAGGGCGCUGAAGCAAAAGUCUACAAGGCGUAUCUGUAUGAGGGAUCGGAACCUAUCCUCGUCAAGCAUCGAUUCGCGAAACAGUACAGACACCCGACGCUCGAUGGGAACCUGACGCGCUCGAGAGUUGCUGGGGAGGCUAGGAAUCUGCUGAAGUGCCUAAGGUCGGGCGUGAACGUUCCAGGUGUCCGGAUGGUGGACGCUGCAGACGGUGUUUUGGGAAUCGAGUGGAUAGACGGCCUGAGUGUCAGGAAGCUCCUGCCUGGAGGUGCGGAGGAUGAAGGCGCAGACUUCGCAGAGGGUGACGAGGUGGAGGAGGACGAAGCACCCGAUCCCUUGCUCGAAUUCGGCCUGACAGUUGAUGAGCUCAUGGGCUACAUUGGCACCGAAGUCGCGAAGAUGCACUUGGUAGAUGUUGUCCACGGCGAUCUGACGACCUCCAACAUGAUGCUUCGGCGGGGCAAGAAGGGCGACCUAGUACUCAUUGACUUCGGCCUGUCAUAUCAAUCGACCUUGGUCGAAGACAAGGCUGUCGACCUCUAUGUCCUAGAGCGCGCCUUUGCAUCAACACAUCCAGACUCUGAGCCCCUCUUCGCCUCAGUACUGACUGCGUACGCGAAGCAGAUGGGCAAAGCAUGGAACUCGAUCUCGAAGCGGUUAGACGACGUACGUCUUCGCGGACGCAAGCGCAGCAUGGUAGGAUGAAGGUCUCACAACCAGGCAGAGACCAAAGAGACGAAUCAUUGUAUACACUGUAGCAGUAGACGCCCGCGAACUAUAUAUUGUCCUCCGGCGUAUCCUCGAUCAUCUUCGCGUAGUCCUCAUAGCUCGCGAAGGUCGGCAGACGCUGCUUUUUCUUCGUCCUCUUCUCCCCGCCCUCCGCAUCGCGCUUGCGCUUCUUCUUGUCGUCCGGGAAU